GAUCUCAGGCGGAAGUGUUCUUGAUGCUUUUUCAGUAAGGACGCGUUCACUUGAUGGUCACGCGCUGUAGAUUUGCGUUCCGCUCGAGCGUCAUUCUCUAUGAAAAUUAACGCUGAUUGAAGAGGCGCGCGGGGAGGCAGUUUGUUUUGAGACGCACCGUAGCAUGCACGAGAGGAUUAUGAGCUGCGCAUAUCUUUCACAAUCGGAUGGGCAGAUGAAACCUUGGGGAAAACGCGACGUAACUUUAUUGUAUUGAGUGGAAACGGAAGGUUGAAUGGUUGGUUUUUUACUCUUCGCAAAACUGUUAGUAUUCGAACUGAAGGAAGUUAAAAGAGGCUUUUUUGCUUGAGAAACACCACCGACACGAUAUCUUGUAGGGGCGCUGCGUGCUCACGAGCUACAUGGGACAUACUUUGAAUUAUUUAAUUGCGUCUUGCACGAGCGCAUAUUGAGAACAAUCACCCGCAGAUGGUAGACUGAAGCGCGUUCAUGGGAAACGGACAUUUGUUGCGUUUGGGAAGGAAAUAAUUGACAAUAUCGAGCGUGUUUGGCCCCUCUCGUCAUGCGGCGGUGGGGGAGGAUCGGAGCAGGGACCUCGCAGCGGAUUUCAUGUUUCGCAACAAUGUUAAUGCCCCACACAGAGGGAUUAUAAGGCCUCAAAAUGAAACUUUGUUUCCAAAUGGUUAAAGUGCACUCAAGAAGUUGCGUGUAGAGUUUUACUACGAAUUCUAGCGUUAUUGUAUUUAAAAAAAAAAAAAAAAGACAACUGAUUUUUUAAUUGAGCUUUUGAAGUUAGUAUCGAUCAAAACAACCUGACGCCCAAAAUAGUACAUAAAAAAAAGAGAAAAAAAGAAAACGUGAAUAAAUAUCAAAACAGUUGAAUGUAGCUCCCAGUAUAGCAUGUCCAGUCUAUGGGCUGCAUUAUGUUUUGAUCUUGAAUUAAUCAGAGAAACAUUUCGGUAGCCAUCGUGUGUCUUAACGCAUCUUUAUGUCUGAAGUUAUUUUAUGGUCCUCUGCGCAAAUGGCGUCUUUCCCUGACUCCGACCUGCAAACAUGUCCUCUGUGCAAGGAGCUGUGCGGCUGCUCUGCUCCGAUCUCCUCCAAUUCAUCUACCUCAUCCUCCUCUUCCCAGACCUCCAGCUCAUCAUCUACCUCAUCCACCAGGAGACUGCACGUCUUGCCCUGUCUGCACGCAUUCUGCAGGCAAUGCCUGGAGGGCCACAGGAACCCUGGUGACCCUUUGAAUCUUAGAUGCCCCACUUGUGACCAAAAAGUCUCUUUAUCCGAAUCAGGCGUGGACGCCCUGCCCUCCUCCAACUUUCUCUUCAGCAAUCUGCUGGAUGUGGUGGUGUCUGCAGAAGAACAGGGCAAGAACGGGCGGUCGUCUUCAGUGGUCCACCAUGGUGGUCUGCUGAGACCUCAGCACCUCUCAGAUCGUCAGUGCAGCUCUUGUGAUGAGGGUAAUCCCGCUACCUUCCACUGCCUGGACUGUCAGGAGUACCUCUGUGAUAACUGCGUGCGGGCCCACCAAAGGGUCCGACUCACCAAAGACCACUUCAUCGAGGGGCUGAUGGAGAGCUUACACCUGGCCAACCGCACCAGUAACUCCAACACCCCGGUGAACAUCUCCCAGUCCUUCCAUAACAGCUUCUCCAUGCUCAAUGUUUUCCAGGAGAGGAUGGACUUCUGCCAGCAGCAUGAUAAUGCAGUGCUGCGUUUUUUCUGUGACAGCUGUGCCGUGCCGAUCUGUAGGGAGUGCAGCGUGGGCAGACAUGCAGGUCACAGUUUUACCUAUCUGCAGGAAGCACUGCAGGACUCCAGAGCUCUGACCAUCCAACUACUCGCAGACGCACAGCAGGGAAGACAGGCCGUACAGCUGAGCAUCGAGAAAGCCCAGGCCAUUGCCGAGCAGGUGGAGCUGAAGGCUAAGGUUGUGCAGUCAGAGGUGAAAACCAUCACUCUUCAUCAUAAGAAAGCUCUUGAGGAACGCGAGUGCGAGCUGCUCUGGAAGGUGGAGAAGAUCCGCCAAGUGAAGGCUAAGUCACUUUACCUGCAGGUUGAGAAACUACACCAGAAUCUCACUAAGCUGGAUAGUACCAUCGCCACAGUGACACAGGUACUAGAAGAGGGUCGUAGCAUAGACGUCCUUCUAGCACGCGAGCACAUGAUAAAUCAGCUACAGGAGCUUAAAUCCCUUCGCUGCAUCCUACAACCCCAAGAUGAUGAUCGCAUCAUGUUCACUCCUCCAGACCAGGCCCUUCUGAUCGCCAUUAAGUCCAUGGGCCUCAUCAGCAGUGGAGCCUUUGCCACGGCUUCCAAAGCUCAUGGUGAAGGGCACAAGAGGGCACUGCAAGGAAAGCUAGCUUCCUUUACCGUGGUAGGCUAUGAUCAUGAUGGUGAGCCUCGGUUGUCUGGUGGUGACAGCGUGUCUGUUGUGCUUAUGAGUCCAGAUGGUAAUCUGUCAAGUGCAGAUGUUUCUGACCACCAAGAUGGGACUUACACAGUCAGUUAUCUUCCUAAGAACGAAGGUGAGCAUUUGCUCUCAGUGCUCAUAUGCAAUCAGCACAUUGAGGGAAGUCCCUUCAAGGUGAUGGUCAAGUCUGGUCGCAGUUACGGAGGUGUCGGCUUGCCCAUUGCUUCAUUUGGAGGAGAGGGUGAUGGGGAUGGGCAACUCUGUCGGCCUUGGGGCAUUUGCGUGGAUAAGGAAGGCUAUGUGGUGGUCGCAGACAGAAGCAACAACCGUGUGCAGAUCUUCAAGCCUUGCGGCACGUUCCACCACAAGUUUGGCACUUUGGGCUCACGGCCGGGCCAGUUUGAUCGGCCAGCCGGGGUCGCUUGUGACAGCCAGAGGAGAAUCAUUGUGGCAGAUAAGGACAAUCACCGCAUCCAGAUCUUUACGUUCGUUGGCCAGUUUCUUCUCAAAUUUGGUGAGAAGGGAACCAAAAAUGGGCAGUUCAACUACCCAUGGGAUGUGGCUGUCAACUCCGAGGGGAAGAUCCUAGUUUCGGAUACACGCAACCACCGUGUGCAACUCUUUGGGCCUGAUGGGACAUUCCUCAAUAAAUACGGUUUUGAGGGUGCCCUAUGGAAACAUUUUGACUCGCCUCGUGGUGUGGCCUUCAGUCAGGAAGGCCACCUUGUGGUGACCGAUUUCAACAAUCAUCGGCUGCUCGUCAUCAGGCCCGACUGCCAGUCGGCACGCUUCCUCGGGUCUGAGGGAACCGGAAACGGUCAGUUUUUGCGCCCGCAAGGUGUAGCUGUGGACCAGGAGGAUCGUAUUAUCGUAGCUGACUCCCGCAACCAUCGCAUUCAGGUGUUUGAACCCAAUGGCAACUUUUUAUGCAAGUUUGGGACUCACGGUAAUGGCUUCGGGCAGAUGGAUCGCCCCUCUGGUAUAGCGGUUACGCCUGAUGGAAUGAUUGUUGCUGUGGACUUUGGAAAUAAUCGAAUCCUCACGUUUUGACCUAAGGUUUGAAACACAAAACUGUAGCUGCAGACAGCUAGAAAAGGAGAUUUUGCACAUCUCUCAGGUGCAAAUGCAAAUUUGAAUGUUAGCGAGGUGACAACAGUUGUGGAGACUUGACAACUCUGUCUUGAAAGGUCCCUUAACGUUUUGUACGGUUCUCUCAAAUGCUUACCGUUAUGGCACAGAGUUUUGACUUCAACAC